UUAAAUUCUAAAGAUCAAUCCCUUUGCACAUCCCAUUCGCUCACUCGUCGGUAAUAAACACCAUUCCACAUCUGCUCAGCUGGAUACAUACCAGCUGAACUGUUUUGGGUGAUUUUUACCGAGCAACAUAAUAUAUACCUAGUAAGGACAGAGAUUCGCUUCGAUAUUCCAUUCAAUUAUCCAAUAUAAGCAAACCUGCCAAUGGCCUCUGAAGCUCUCGUCAAUCUGGCGUACGUGCGCCAAAUGAUCAAGUCCAACUAUAAGAGCCAGGCAUCAGAUCUGUUCAUGAAUGAGAUCCAGAGCUCUAUCCUCUUGCGGUUCUCGUGGGGAGAGCUGCUAGCCACGGCGCCGACGGCCUUGACCCUCCUAAGCUCUCUGUGUAUUGCUGCCUCCAGCCCCAUGGCAGGGGAACUGUCGCUGGCCGAGGGGAUGCCCAAGAACGGGUUCCAGUACCUGCAGAACAGAGGAAGAUCCUCGACGCUGCGAACCGCUCUGCUGGAUGUCUGCAACGGGGGCUAUAAGGCCUUUGCAGCCAGCGACAAUGCUAAAAGACAGGGCGAGAUUGUUAAACGGCAGGUGGACGAGGCCGAGAAACGGCUAGGCGACGCUCUGGAGAAUAUCCCGGGCCCCUGGACGCAGGCCGCCCGGGGGCUCGUUACGGGCUUCACCGAGGGCUUGCCAUGCCUAAUUGCCGCCCCGCUGCGCGCCAUCCUCCAGGGGGGCGCCGCCCCGACCGACAGCGCUCCCUCCAGCGCAGCCCUGGGGAUUAGGGACUUGGUGGCCCUAUUCUAUGAGUCCUUGGGGGGGCGCCUCGGGGGGAGAUUGACCUGGCCCAGUUCCAGGGCGACUGCACCACGUACCUGGUCAAGACGCUCACCAGCUAUCAAGAGAGCCUGGGUACCACCGAUACAGCCGGCCGACACACAGUGUUUGAUAAGCUCAUCUCGACCACCCACGCAAUCGAGACAGAACUGGCCAAAGGGCGCAGUAUCCCGCCAAAUACAGUCUCCAACUGGAAAACAACCGUCAAGACAGGAAAUCCAGGUAUGCGAGAAACUGUGCCAAAGAGCGGCUGGUGGCGAUAGACACACUGCUGGCCAGCAGCAGAUUCUGAUCCAAUGCUCCGAAGAAACUGCCAGGAAUACUGCCCAGAUGGUGGGAACCAAGCACCAGGAUAUGUACGAGAAGCUGCAGGCACAGGCCCGGCAGGCUAAUACUUCCAGGCAGAUGGUCGAGGAGUUCAUGCAGGGACAUGGGAUUGUCUUCAAUGAAGACUCCAGGCAGGCCAUCAGGGGGGGUGCAGAUGGGGGAAGUAUUAGCAAGUAG